AAACCAAGCAGCAGCAAAAUGUCUGGCAGAGGAAAAGGCGGCAAAGGUCUUGGUAAAGGAGGCGCUAAGCGUCACCGCAAAGUGCUUCGCGAUAACAUCCAGGGCAUCACUAAGCCAGCUAUUCGCCGUCUGGCUCGCCGUGGCGGUGUCAAGCGUAUUUCUGGUCUCAUUUACGAGGAGACUCGCGGUGUGCUGAAAGUGUUCCUGGAGAACGUCAUCCGUGAUGCUGUUACCUACACCGAGCACGCCAAGAGAAAGACCGUGACUGCCAUGGACGUUGUGUACGCCUUGAAACGCCAGGGACGUACUCUGUACGGCUUCGGCGGUUAA